AUGUCACUGGGGAACAGUAAAGCCCAUGGCAUGGAUACCACCAUGCGCAUGUGCAAUGAGUCCUGCAAGCAAACACAAUGUGAAGUGGGGGACCAGGCAAUUGGCUGGAUAGAGGACAAGGAAAAGCAGAAAUUAUUGAUCAUUGCUAUUUUGUGGAGAAGCCAGGGUAUUCUCUCCUGCAGGACUAUUUGUUAUUGCGUUCAGGAUAAGGAUGGAGUUGAAUAUGCACUGAAGGAUUGUUGGAUGGAUGAGGCAAAGAAAGAUCAUGAAGAAAAGGUUCUUGAGAUGGUCUGGGGCAUUCCUAAUGUAGUUACUCUCAUUGCCCCUUGGGAUGUCAAGUAUGAGGGAGAGCCCGACUCUACAUUGCACAUCCAUAACCACCACAGGAAAUUCAGUCCUGGAUUUUGCUCGCAUAAGGCAAUGAUCAGGAAGAAAGUCCUACACAGAGACCUUAGCCCCAACAACCUAAUUAUUCAUGAAGGGCAUGGCUUCUUCAUUGAUUUUGACCAUGCCCAGAUUAUCACACAAGGCAGCACUAGUAUUCAUUCACCUGGUACCUGGCUAAUAUCAUUGUUGGAAGGGCACCAUACUGCAAUUGCGAGAGCCAAGGGUUGGGGAAAUGUGAUGGUCGAACAUACUGCUAGUGAUGAUCUCAAGUCCCUAUUUUACAUUUUCAUUGAAUUUGAUACCUCGUUCGAUGGGCCAAAGGGCAGUAGAACAGACCCGAGGAAGGCGGACUGGUGGGGUGAAGUCCUUGAGGGCAUGGGUGCCACCACCACUCCAUAUAAAUCGGGGUUGGUGCUCGUGCUGCGGCACGACAAGGAGCUGAUGAAUCGCAUGAUGACUUACUUUGGUGGAGUCAGGGAUCUAGUUCAGGCAUGGCACUACAAAUUUCUUGAUGUUGAUGCCAAUCAGAUGCAUGGUGGUGUUACUCAUGAGGAGAUCGAGGGGCUCCUCAACACAUGGGUGUCUCAUGCAGCAGUUGAUGAGCCCCAUCCUCCGGAGGAAGUUCUUCAAGCCUCAUUAUUGACAUCUGAGUCAAAUUUUGGUUGUAUGAGCCGGAACAUGGUUCUGAUGGCAAGAUUGCAAUAUUCUUGUUUUGUUAAACCCGACAGUGGUGAGGCUGCCACCGUCCUUUGCUCUCCCUCCAGUCUCAUUUGUGCUCGUCUUGACUCGGAACAGCACAUGGGGCAUGCUCGGGGCAGGGGUGCCCAUACCCCAACUCCAAGAAAAAUGAUCCAGCAUGAGUCGCAGAUUCAAGAAGCCCUUGCUGGAGUUCAAGGAGGAACAUAUAAGAGCUAUAGGGCAGCAGCAGAGGCUCAUCAGGCGCCACUCAGCAAGGACUCUGCACCUAAUAUCAAUGCAUCUAAUAUCAAUGCUACUAGUAGCAGUCAUUCAGUGUCGUCCCCUGCACCACAUUUUGGUUUCAACUCAUUACUCAUUAUUCCCAGUCUCACAGCCACCUGCAGCACUUGA